AUGAACUUAAAGUGGACAGUGGAAAGAUUUCUUCUUGUGUCGUUUUCAAUCUCCCACUUGCUGUUACUUGAGGGAGCUCAGGGUCGACUUUCCGGGGCAGAAGGAAGAAUACAAAGAAGGGCUAAUGCACUUCGGAGGAAACGGGAUCUCCUUGGGGAGGAGGUGGGUACACUACACCUAAGAGAACCAGAGGAGACGUACAGGCCACUGCUGUCGGAAAAUACCCUGUCACGCAGAAUUUUGCACAAUUACACAGCCAGAGAUGCCUCUUCAGAAUACUGUGGCUGCCUCAAUGGUGGCUGGUGUCAAGACGGUGGUGUGUGUGACUGUGCUCAGUUCCAAGCACUGGGAGAUCGCUGCCAGAUCAUACCUAACCAGGGCCAGGAUAGAGACGGCAUUUGCAGGUCAUGGGGUCAGCACCACUAUGAAACAUUUGAUGGCAUCUACUUCUACUUCCCUGGAACCUGCUCAUACGUCCUGGCCCAGGACUGCCACUCAGCUACACCACAGUACACAGUGUGGGUUCACAACAGCAGAGUGUGUGACGGGAGUGUGUAUUUAUGCCCAAGAGCACUCAGUUUGUUCUUCCCAAACGAGGAUGAGAUCCACAUCUCUGGAUACCAGGUCCACCAGGGAGGACGCAGGUUAAGUCUGCCUCAGACUGUAGGCAGUGUAUUUAUUGAGCGCCUGGCUGAUUAUCUGCUGGUGAAGAGUGUGUUUGGAUUCUCUUUGGCCUGGGAUGGAGGCUCAGGUGUCUACCUGAAGAUGAGCGAGGAGCACCAGGGUGCCCCCUGUGGCCUGUGUGGGAACUUCAACCACCUUGCUGGCGAUGACCUCACCACUUCCCGUGGCCUCCGGACAGAUGAACCAGCAUUGUUCGCUAACAGCUGGGCAGUGGAUCUGCCUCACGAGAGAGCCUGUCCUUCAGUAGACAUUGAAUUUAAUGGGCCCUGCGACUCUGAGUCAGACAUGGAUGAUGCUAUAGAGAAAUGCAGCGCACUUCUCUUCUUCCCUUUCCUGUCCUGUCAUGAAAACAUAGACCCAAAUCCCUUUGUUGCCAGCUGUGUGUCUGAUCUCUGCCUAUCUGAUGAUGAGGAAACGUUUUGUCGAGCCUUGGUUGAGUACACCCGCGCCUGCUCACAUGUUGGAUAUCCAGUCAGAGAGUGGAGGGACAGCUUUCCUUCUUGUUAUGAUGGCUGUGAGGAGAGUUUUGUCUACAGAGACUGUAUAAGUUGCUGUCCACCCACCUGUACAUUUGAAAAAGAGUGUUUGGGAACCAACUUACAUUGUCUGGAUGGAUGCUACUGCCCAGAUGGUCUCAUCCUACAAAAUGGAACCUGUAUCCCUGUUUCUCAGUGUCCGUGUGUUUACCAUGGUACAUCAUAUGUACAAGGACAUGUGCUUAGACAAGGAUGUAGCAUAUGUGUGUGCAUGGGUGGAGUGUGGAACUGCACCGAGAACAACUGCACAGCUGAGUGCUCAGUGGUUGGUGAUGUGUAUGUGACGACUUUUGACGGAAGGAUGUUUCUCCAGCCGAGGGCGUGUCAGUACGUCCUGGCAAAGAGCCGCAGCAGCAGUAGAUUCACUGUCACUCUGCAGUAUACGACCUGUGCAGAGCAGCAGGUGUGCAUUCAGUCAGUAACUGUGGUAUUGGAUGAAGAUGUGAGCCGACAGAUCACUUUGACCAGAGAGGGAGAGGUAAUAAUUGGUGUUAACCCUGGGCCUGUCCUGCCUUAUGUUGAUGAUGCAGUGGAGGUACGGAAGCUGACCUCUGUGUUCACUCAGCUGAAGGCAGGGAUUGGUUUGAGGCUGCUCUUUAAUGGUCGAGGGGGGCGAGUCUACCUGCAAGUAGAAAGCCAUUGGCGUGGACUGACCCAGGGUCUUUGUGGUACCUUUAAUGGAAAUCUACGAGAUGACUUCCUGUCUCCAGCUGGGAUGAUAGAGGGCACUCCGCAGCUUCAUGCCAAUGCUUGGAAAGUUUCAUCUGCUUGUGUUGCUCCAGUCAACCUGCCAAUCAUAGAUCCAUGCGAGAUGAAUCAGCGUAAUGUAUUCUAUGCAUCCCAGUGUGAUGUGCUCUUGGGGAGCGUGUUUGCACCGUGUCAUAGCCACAUCAGUCCAAAUGUCUACCAGCAGCAAUGUCGCUACCAGGCCUGUCGUUGUGGGAGCAGCUGUUUGUGCACAGCACUGGCUCACUAUGCUUACCUCUGCUCUAAACACGGUGUCGACAUUGAUUUCAGAUCACAAGUCUCUGAAUGUGGAGUUGUGUGUCUUGGAGGCAUGUUGUACCACUCGUGUGUCUCAUCUUGUGGGCGGUCCUGUCGUGCUCUGUCAAGCACUGAGACAUGUAACCCUGCCGACUGUGCCGAGGGGUGUGGCUGUCCAGACGGUAGUUACUAUGAUGAUGUCCGCCAGCGCUGUGUGCAACUGUCUCAGUGUCACUGCUACUCCAUGGGUGGGGUGUCACAACCGGGGGAGGUGACUUUCAGCGCCUCUGGCCCCUGCCUAUGCAGAAAUGGGAAGAUGGAGUGUGUGCCCGAAGAAAAAGAGCCAGAUAGCGUAGAGGUUGGGGAGUGUCCAGAGGGGAAAGUGUACCACAGCUGCACCGAGCAGAGGGGAGGCGUGGCCUGUGCACCAACCUGCCGUAACCUGAUGUUGAACCUUACCUGCGCUCCGAACACACCAUGCAUCCCUGGCUGUGUUUGUCCUUCUGGGCUAGUACUGCACCACGGGGAGUGUUACUACCCCGAGAACUGCCCCUGCUCCUGGCUGGGCCUUGAAUACUUGCCUGGGGAAUCUGUGGAAACAUCAUGUUACAAGUGUGUGUGUCAUCGUGGCUAUUUUAACUGCAGCUACUCCCCAUGUCCAGCUGUUUGUACUGUCUACAGUGACAGACACUACCACACUUUUGAUGGCCUAGAAUAUGACUACCACUCUGACUGUCAAGUAUACCUGCUUAAAAGCGUGGGUGAACCCGAGAUGUCCAUUGUUGCCCAAAACAAGGACUGCUAUGAAAGUGGCAUUGUGUGCAUGAAAAUACUGGUUAUUCACGUGGGACUAACCAAGAUCUACUUCUCGGACAACUCCGGCAACCCUAGCCCAUCUACAGUCGUAGGCCGAGGGUCAGAGUUUGAGAUUUGGAAAGCAGGCUACUACACUGUGGUCCACUUCUCCAAUCAAGAUUUGACCAUCCUCUGGGACCGCAAGACAACAGUUCAUAUCAGAGCUGGUCCUCGCUGGAAGAGCCAUCUCAGUGGACUGUGUGGAAACUUUGACAGUGUGACAGUGAAUGAUAUGACCACCUCCAGCCACAUGGAAGUCAAUAAUGCGCAGACCUUUGGAGACAGUUGGGCCUUGGGACAGUGUGAAAGUGACUACGUAGUUGAGCGACCGUGUGAAGGGGACUUAGGCAGACAGCCUUACGCCAAGAGGGAAUGCGCUCUCCUCUACAGUGACGUCUUUGCGCCUUGUCACAAUGUGGUGGAUGUGGCAUGGUUCUAUAGAAACUGCCUGACAGACACCUGCAACUGUAACCGUGGGGGAGACUGCGAGUGUCUCUGCACGUCCAUUGCUGCAUAUGCACACAAAUGCUGUCAACAGGGGAUCACGAUACACUGGAGAUCUCCCUCUGUCUGUCCCUAUGAUUGUGAAUAUUAUAAUCAAGAGUUAGGAGAUGGCCCAUUUUCCUUAGUGAGUGCUGCUUAUAAUGACACAAUGUUUGGGGUAAAUCGCACCAGCAGCUCAGUGUUUCCUCUGUUGAGAGAGAGACCAGGGCAGCUGCCUGCCCCAGGCCUUCUGUUUAACUUCAUGAUCACAGCAGGCCUACAGAAGGACAGAGCAUCACGUGUCCCUGUGGUGUCCCUGGAGUCUGCAGAAAGACCAAACUAUUUCCUUGUUGCCUCCGGGCGCACUCAUCUGCAGUUGGAGCACUGGAGCCGAGGUGAUGAGUUUAGCCGAAGGGCAACUUUUAUUCAACACCAGGGGCUCUUUCUGCCAGGUCUCACCUCGUUCGAGCUAGUCGGACAACCUGGAACCUUCCUGACACUUACACGUACUGCUGCACGAGUGCAGAAAUAUGACACCUCGCAUGCUUUCAAGGCCAGCAGUAGUUUCAUCCUGGAGGAGAGCAGUUUUGUGAUACCUUAUCGUAUGAUGUGUGAGUGGCGCUACCAGGCGUGUGCAAGCCCAUGUGUCCACACAUGUAUGGAUCCAGAUGCCACACGCUGCCAAUUCCUGCCCCCUGUGGAGGGCUGUUUCCCUCGAUGUCCAAAGAACAUGAUCCUUGAUGAAGUCACCAGGAGAUGUGUCUACUCAGAGGACUGUGUGUCCCUUCCCCCAACCCCAACGCCCUUUGCAUAUGUGACACGGUCAAACAGGACUACUACAGCACCAACAACUACAACCACUACAACGACAAGGCCUACAACUACUACCACCACCACCAUAACAACAACUACCUCCUCCACUACCAGGACAACAACCACUUCUACUACAAUAACCACUGAGCGUAUCACCACUACACCCGUUACAACCCCCGCUCCUCCUUCUCCUACCACCACUACUGCUUCCACCACUCCAUCUGAGACACCCAUUCCCAGCACAACUGAAGUGACCCCUGCACUAACCGAGGAAUUCACUACAUCAGUCAGCACAGCAACACCCUCCAUCUUGGCUACUACAGUCCCCUUGACUACUUCCCCAACCACUGUGGCUUCCACUGCUCCUCCCUCCACCACAUUACCAACACCAACUCCAACAUCACCAGAGAUGACCACCCCGCCUCCUCUUACCUCUCCAUCCACACAGCCACCUACCACCACAGCCAUUACAACCGUCCCCACCUCCACCACUUCUGUCCCUGAAACCACAACUGCUCCUUCACCUACACCAGAAGAUACAACCACUACCACUGAGACCACCACCCCAGAGGACAUUUUAACAGUUGUGACAUCAACAGCAGCACCUUCUACUACCAUGGAGCUCACGACUGAGCCACUGACUACAAAAAUAAUCACAAGCCCAUACACCUCUCUUCUAACAGAGGAAGCAUCGACUACACAUCCUUUUCUCCUGCCAACAACCCCCUGCACUGCUCCAUACUCCUAUCGUAUCGAUGAGUGUGCUGAGCUGUUCUGUUUCAAUGGGGAGCUGCUGCUUCACAACUCCUCUCUUCACUGUCGCUACAACACCACCCCACCACAGUGCAGUCUGCUGGGCCUGCCUGUCCUCAUCAACACAGACCCUUGCUGUCCACUGUGGCAGUGCCCCUGUCGCUGCACAAUGAUGUCAGACCUGCGUGUCAUUACAUUUGAUGGCAACAACGUGGCUUUGUAUGAUAACGGCUCCUACAUCCUGGUCAGCCUUCCCAGAGAAACUAUUAUUGGAACAGUGGAGAAAUGUCCGACCAGCCAGAGUGUCAACUCGAUCAGAAGAACUAGUCCUACAGGUGGAACAUCUGGUCUGUGUUUUAAGAGGCUGAACAUUACAACCUCCUCCUACAGAAUCAUCAUCAACCGGCUGGAUAGGAAGGUGACUGUAAACUACAGACCUGCAAGACUUCCAUUCUCCCGCCAUGCUCUUUAUGUGGAGGACACAGGCAGCAUGUACCAAAUCCAUACACCUGGAGGGGUCCGCAUACAGUGGUACCACAGCACUGGCAUCAUGGUGCUACAGUAUAUCACUUCUUAUAAUGCAUCUGUGCCCACUCGAGGCCUGUGUGGUUGUUGUGAUGGCAACCCAGAGGACGACCUGAAGCUGCCCAAUGGCACAGUGGUCAGAGAGGUGGGAGACAUGAUGCUCUUUCUUCAGGCUUGGAGAGUCCACACCACAGAUGAAACUGAGCACACUCGCAGAGUUGGAGACAACUGCACCACAGGGGACUGCUCUAUCUGUCUGUCCAUGCUUCGCCACAGAGCCUUUACACCAUGCCACAGCAAGGUCCCUCCAGAGCAGUUCUGCGACAUCAUGUGGGCGGGGGACUUGCACUACAAAGAUCACCAGUGUGACUUUCUGGCAGCUUACGUGGCGGUCUGCUACACCCAUCAAGUCUGCAUCAGCUGGAGACGACAUAACUUCUGCCCAUUGCGAUGUCCCCCUGGUAAGGAGUAUCAGCCAUGUGUGAGCACCUGCACCAGCCGCACCUGUCUGAACAGAGAGUACUACGAGGAAACCACCUGCUCCUUCAUCAGAGAGGAGUGUGUUUGCCGCAGUGGAACCAUCCUGCACCGAGCUGACUCCCCUUACUGUGUCACUGAGGAUCAAUGUGUGUGUACGGAUAACGAGGGUAACCCUCGGUCCCCUGGUGAGGUGUGGAAUGGCUCUGUGCGUGGCUGCUGUCUGUACAAGUGUAUGGAGAACGGCUCUGUGGUGGCCGUUGAGCCAGACUGUCACUCUGUGCCUACACCUCUGUGUGAGAGGGAGGGAGAGUACGUACUGGAUGUGCUGGAGGAAGGAGCCUGCUGUCCAAAGAAGAUCUGUGAGUGCAACAUGACCAUCUGUGACAGUGAAGCUCCACCUUGUGAUAACGGCAAUAGACUGGUGAUUGGUUACAGUGCUCUGUCCUGCUGCCCUGAGUACAGAUGUGAGUGUGACCCCAUGGCAUGCCCCCCUGUAUACACGCCCCACUGCAGAGAAGAUCAGUUCCUAGUGGAAGUGAGGGGGGAGAAAUCCUGCUGCUACUCUUAUCUGUGUGUGUGUGAGUCAUGUAUUGAGCCCAUUCCAUCGUGUUCACAUGGAGAAAUUCUGGCCGUUGAUCUUAACACAACCAACAGCUGCUGUCCACAGUACCAUUGUGUGUGUGAUGUCAACCUGUGCCCUGAAACUUACGUGAGCUGUGCACCUGGUCUCUCUUUGGUUCAAACCACUGUUCCUGGUCACUGCUGUCCUCAGCACCACUGUGAAUGCCAAUGUGAGGACAGCUCUCUCCCCAUCUGUCAGGUGGGGGAGAUGCUGGUGGAGGCCUCAGACAGUGGCACCAUCUGUGGCUGUCCUCAACACACAUGCCAAAAGGCAGAGGUGUGUCUUUUUCAAGGGGUAACCGUGCUUGGCCCAGGUCAGUCUCUGGUUCAAUACCUUGAGGGAGAGCUGUGUUACACCGUCCACUGCCUUCAUCACAAAGAUCCAGACUCUGGCUUCUAUGCCAUGGAAAUAACCUCUGUCAACUGCACCCAGAAAUGUGGGCCACACCAGGUGUACGUGCAGUCCACAGACCCACAGGUGUGCUGUGGCUCCUGCAAAAAUGUCUCCUGUACAUUCACAAAUGAAAAUGGGACGACAGAGCUUUUCGCUUCAGGGAGUUCCUGGGUGGAGAACUGCACACGCUAUGACUGCAUGGAAACAGCAGUGGGUGCAGUGAUACUUGCCUCUGGUGUGGUCUGCCCGCCUUUCAAUGAUACUGAGUGUAUUCAGAAUGGUGGGGUUGUUCAGAGUUAUGUGGACGGUUGCUGCAGGACAUGCAAAGAGGACGGUAAGACGUGCAAACGUGUGGCCAUUCGGACGACCAUCAGAAAAGACGACUGCAGGAGUAACGCACCGGUAACGGUCUAUUCCUGUGAUGGGAAAUGUCCAUCUGCCACCAUAUUCAACUUCAACAUCAACAGCCAUGCCCGCUUCUGUAAGUGCUGCCGAGAGAGUGGACUACAAACCCGCUCUGUCACACUGUACUGCUCUCGCAAUGCCACAAUCGUGGAGUACAACUUCCAGGAGCCUCUGGACUGUUCCUGCCAGUGGAACUAAAAACAGAUUCCAGGCAUGAAUAUGAAUGAGAGCAUAACAAAUGAAGACAAUGUAUGAAUAGGAGGAUAGAUUGGGGAGAAAGUCAGACUAAUACAAUACUGAAGAGGAGCAUUAAAGCCAGCCAUGUUUAACAUGACAACGCUGACCUUGAGUCAUAGUUGUAAUCAAAUUAUAUGAAAUUUAACUACUGUAAAGAGGGAGACUUUGUUGAAGUAGUUUUUGCACAUUAGUAUUUUUCUUUCAGUGAUUUUCAGCUUUUUAGUGCUUUCAAGUGAUGUUAGCUUCUUAUCCUAG